CUAUCCUUUCCCCUAUGUACAAAGUCGCCGAAGCAAAUCAAUACGUUGUCAAGACCGGUUUCGGUGUUGACGAUAUCCAAGUAUGCAAGAAAUGUAUGGUUUGGCCUGGCCAAACUGCCCAAUAUUUCGAUGUUACUCCUCACAAUUUUGAGUUGAGUCUGCACGCAAUGUCGGUUGAAAAGUUGGAGUUCUUGCUGCCCGCUGUUAUGACUAUUGGUCCCAAGAUCGAACUUCCUAGUUUGGUGAAAUACGCUAGACUGAUGACUGGAAGAACAAAGUCCAAUGUUCCCGAGCUGGUGAAGGGUAUCAUUGAAGGUGAAACUCGUGUCAUUGCCGCAGGUAUGUCUAUGGAGGAGAUUUUCAAGGAUCGCAAAGCGUUCAAGGAAAAUAUCAUUAGAAAUGUGCAGAGCGAAUUGGAUCACUUUGGUUUGUACUGCUACAAUACAAACAUCAAGUCCCUGCAAGACACCCCUGGCUCUGAAUACUUUUCUUACAUGAGGAUGAAGACACAAGAGGGUGCUGUUAACCAAGCUAAGAUUGAUGUGGCUGAUGCCCGGUUCAAGGGUGACGUUGGUGAGAAGGAAAAAGUUGGUAUGACUCGCCAAGAAGUGGGUCGUAUUGAAGCCGAUACCGUCAUAUAUGAAAACGAGAAGAAAGCUGCCAUCAGUCAAGCAAAUGCUCGCCUUGAAGCUCGACGGGCUGAGUUUGAUCGCCAAGUCGAAACCGCCAAGAUUGAAGCCAAGCAAGCUUCCAGUACCCGUCAAAUUGAGCUUCAGCGUGAUUAUGAAGAGAAACGUCAACUUGCUGAAACCGAAAGACUUCGUGCUGAUGUUGUUGCUAAAUGGAAGGCAGAAUAUGAAGUUGGCGUGCAAAAGGCUAAUACUGAGCUCUACAACCAACAACGAAAGGCUGAUGCUGAACUGUUCAAGAAGCAACAAGAAGCUGAAGGUAUGUUCAUUACAGCUUCCAAGGCUGCUGAGGCUCAAAUGAAGAAGGCCGAUGCAUACUUGUAUGAGAAGCAAAAGGAAGCCGAAGCAAUUUCAGAAGUCAUGGCUGCUCAGGCUAAUGGUUUGAAGAUGCUGGUCGGUGCUUUCAAUGGCGACACCAAUGCUGCUCUCAACUACUUGAUGGUCGAACGUGGUACCUUCCAGGCUAUGGCCAAGGAGAAUGCCAACGCCAUCAAGGGUCUCAACCCCAAGAUAACCGUUUGGAAUCAAGAUGGAAAAGCACAGUCAAAUCCUAUUGCCGAUAUCUACAAGUCUCUCCCUCCUCUUAUCGAUACCGUGCGUGAACAAACUGGCAUUAGCCCUCCUACCUGGUUGGCCAACAUGACUCCAAAUGCAAACGAAAUAGCCAAGUCCCAGACACUUGUUAAUGGCAAAGCAUAAUCUUAUCACUCCUUACAAUCUAUUUUCCUUUCUUUCCUUUUGAGGACUCUAUGAUACUUCCCUCAUUAUCCAUUGAUACCACUUCUUCCUUUACGGCAAACUUCGCCAUUAGAUGACCUUUCUUUACAAUCCCUUACUUAAGCUCGGAUAAUAUCUUAUUAUAUGAUAGCAUGAACUGUGUAUAAUGUACAAACUUUUUUUUGAAAUAAAUUGCUGUUAACUGUACU